AUGAAUAUCACAGGAAGAGAAAGAAUCAGUUCACAUCAUCAUCAAUCAUCAAGAAACCUGAACAGCCAGAUGGAAGAAACAACAAUUACUGAGUUUCCUGGUCGGAUUUCGUGGAAAAGUGCCCUCACCCUGAAGAAGAUUGUUAAUAAGUUCGAGGAAAUGGAUCUUUUGGAGAGUGUGUACAAUACCCAGUUCAGAUCAUUAUUCACAGCCCCCUCUUGUAGUUCUCAGGAACUAUUUACCUCAUAUUUUGAGAAGAAAGAGAAGGCUGAAGAUCCUUAUGCUCCUUUUGCAUAUAACAUAUAUGGGUUCGCAUGGGCACUUCAAGAGAUGAUAUCGAUGCAGGGGACUGUGGGGGAUGAUGAGAAGGUGAAUGAUGGGAAUGAUGGGAAGAAAGAUGAUGUAAAGGAGGACGAUGAGAAGGUGGAGGAUGAUGUAAAAGAGAACGAUGAGAAGGUGGAGGAUGAUGUAAAAGAGAACGAUGAGAAGGUGGAGGACGAUGAGAAGAUGGAUGAUGAGGCUAAGGUGGAGGACGGUGAGAAGAUGGAUGAUGAGGCUAAGGUGGAGGACGGUGAGAAGCUGGAUGGUGUGGCUAAGGUGGAUGAUGUGGAGGUUGAUCUGAAAGUGAAGGUGAAGGAUCUGAAAUUGAAGGGGAAGGAUGAGAAGAGUGUGGGUGUGGAUGUGAAGGCACAGACAAAUGAGGAAAUUAUGGGAGGAGAUGACAAUGAUGACAAUGAUGAUUUCUAG